AUGGCCCGGGACAGGGGCCAAGGGGAGCUCAAGCCCCUGUUGGGGCGGGAGGCAUCGCUGGAUGGGAGCCUCUGGUCUGCAUUCAAGGGCCGGAAGGCAGCCUGCGCAGCUGUGCUGCUGGUGGAGAUCCUAGAGAGGGCUGCAUUCUUCGGCAUCGUCUCCAACCUCGUCCUCUACCUCAACAGCAGCAACUUCAACUGGGGGGGUUUGCAGGCGUCACGGGCUGCCCUGCUUUUCCUUGGUGCCUCCUACCUGCUCUCGCCCAUUGGCGGUUGGUUGGCCGAUGUCUACCUGGGUCGCUACUGGACCAUCAUUCUCAGUUUCCUGCUCUACCUGGGGGCCGCCUGCCUGCUGCCUGUCACAGCCGUGAAGGAUGGGCGCCUCUCACUCUGUGGGGAGAUGUCGAGCUCCCACAUUAAUCCCUCCUGCAAGAACCACAGCGGGGAUUGUCCUCAACAGACGCCCAGCCAGUACUGUGCACCCACAAUAUACAUUGGCCUCCUGGUGCUAGCGCUGGGUGUCAGCUCCAUCAAGGCCAACCUCACGCCCUUCGGUGCUGACCAGGUGACAGAUCGCGGCCGGGAGGCUACACGGCGCUUCUUCAACUGGUUCUACUGGAGCAUCAACAUCGGAGCGGUGAUCUCUUUGCUGGUUGUGGCCUUUGUCCAGCAAAAUAUCAGUUUUCUCAUUGGCUAUGCCAUCCCUGCUUCCUGCGUGGCCCUUGCCCUCUUCAUCUUCCUCCUGGCCUCUCCCACCUUUGUCACCAAGCCGCCCACAGGCAGCCAGGUCUCUGUCUUGCUCCAACUGGCCUGCCAGAGCAGCUGCUGCAGACGUGUCCCCCGGAUCAGAGGCACUUGCACCAGGGUGGGCUUCCACCGGCCACAUGCAAAAUCUGCGAGUUCUCUUGCUGGGGAUAAACCACAGCCUGGGGCCUCUUCCUAUGAAGAGGAUGUUGCCAACUUCCAAGUAAUGAUGAAGCUCCUGCCGGUGCUACUGACCUUCAUCCCUUACUGGAUGGUUUACUUCCAGAUGCAGUCAACCUACUACCUGCAGGGCCUGCAUCUCUUCGUCCCCAACAUCUUCCAGGACAGCCAGACCAAUGGCAGUGUCCUUCCUACCAACACUACCAGCAGCUAUACGUUCCCAGAUGCCUGGCUUCUGUUAGCCAAUGUGGUAGUCCUACUGGCCCUGGUCCCACUGAAGGAUCGAGUCAUUGACCCGUUCCUGAUGAGGAGGAAGUUACUGCCCUCGGCGCUUAAGAGGAUGGCCCUGGGCAUGUUCUUCGGCUUCGCCUCCAUCAUCACAGCAGGUGUCCUGGAAACAGAGAGACUGUGGUACGUGACCCACAACCAGACCAUCUCGCAGCGUAUUGGGAAGGAUGAGUACUUUGCUGCCCCACUUCCCAUCUGGUGGCAGAUUCCCCAGUACUUGCUCAUUGGAGUCAGCGAGAUCUUUGCCAGCAUUCCAGGCUUGGAAUUUGCCUACUCUGAGGCCCCCAAGUCCAUGCAAGGAGCCAUCAUGGGACUCUUCUUCUUCAUUUCUGGUGUGGGCUCACUCCUGGGAUCUGGGCUUCUGACUCUCCUCUCAGUGUCCUCACAGGGCUGGAUGCACUGCCCUGAAGACUAUGGGAACAUUAACCAUUGCCAUAUGGAUUAUUACUUCUUCCUGCUGGCCGGGAUCCAGAUGGUGACCUGCAUGCUCUUUGUCUGGAUCUCCAGCCGUUAUGAGAAGCAGCAGCAGCGGGAGCGGGAGCAGGAGCAGGAACCUGACUUCUGCCAUCUCUGCAUUGGGCAUGAAGAGGACUAACAUGCCCACAAACCAAAUCCUAGGCUCUAGGGGAUGUAGCACCGCUUCCACUUUCCCCUUCCCACUCACCAGCUCUCUUGGUUUGGGCUGGUGGAUGGAAUGUCACCCUCAUGGUCUAGCUAGUUCAGCCCAGCCAUUUUAGGGUUGGAGGAAAGGAAAGGGAUGUACCUUGCCAGGACAGUGGGGUAUAUCACCAGUAACGCAUGCAGAGGGGGCAGGGAUGGAGCCUAUCGGGAAAUGCUUCUCCGUUCCUUCCCAGUCUGUAGGACCUUGCACCACAUAUCCAGAAUCCUCCUUGUGUCCCAGGGAUGCCCUAUCCUGCUUGGACUUAGCUACCCAACAGGCUCAGAAGCUGUAGAGCACCCUAGAUGACCUUGCUGGGAUGGGCACUUGUAAGGGGCUGGUCAGCUAGGAGAAAGAACUGGCCAUGCAGGAAAUGUGGUAAUAAUUCCCAGAGACCAGGAAAGCUGGACCCUUCCUGUACAAAGGGUCAUGCAAGGAGACAAACCCUUUGUGGCCCCAGCCUAAGUUCUCAAGGAGACCAUGAUGGGACCUGAUCUGGGAGAGAAUCUGCUGGUGCCACCUACAGGUGGUAAUGGAGAAUCACAGUCAAUUGUAUCAUGCUACAUGGGGUGUGAUGGGAGAAGAUAGUGACCAGGGUUUUGCCCCGUUCUUUUUAGGUGGGUUAUUCCAAACAGAGAGGUGGUCAAUAUGGGAUGUUGUAGUCUUAGAGCUUUAAUUGAUUAUCUCUGUUUAGAAAAACAUGUUUAAAGUCACCCUAACAUGGAGGCAAAUGCAGACUAAAAUUGGGGCACAUCAAAUAGGACUUAAAUGCCCAGCUUGAGAUAGCCUGUGCUUUUAUAAGAAAAGAACAACGACUGACAACAUACAUCAGAACUCAGCACACUGGAAUGCUUUGCACUGUUAGGUUUUUUUAAACUGUAAUGGGAUUGAUGCAAGCAAGCAAAUAAAGCUUCCCCUUCAGUGUUCAUGGCCUGAAGCAUGGCAAGAGAAGAGAUCCUGAAGGGAACUGCACUAUUCAUUGCUGGGAUUACUACACCUUAUGUUAAGGUUCUGCAACUUAGAUAUCCAGCAGAGAUCAGAGCCCCUGUAUCCCAGGUAGAGGCAUAACUGGGCAGUUCUGUGCCCUGUAUGGCAGUGGCUGGGCCUGUAGCGCACCCACUGCUGUUUUUGCCUCUUCCCUCUGCCUCCUGAAGUCAGUGACUGGGGCUGGUGCCUUGGUCGCCCCCCUUAGUUAAACUACUGAUGCUAUUGAUGCUAUGGGCUUUAAGUAGAGGACAGUCCCUGCCCACAGGCUGGACUUCAAAUCCUGCAGAGCACAUUGAGCACAGUGGUCUGCUCAUGUCCAAUCAGUCUCUAGAUUUGGCCAGUGUAGGUCCAGGAUAGAAGGAAAACUUGUCACAUCCAUUUUACAGAUGAGGAAUUGAAUGGCAGAGAUUAAAUCUUCCUGUUCCAGCCCAGAAGCAUAAGGGCCCAGAUCCUUAAGGGUAUGACGUGCCUAACUCAUAGUUUAAGCAAAGGUACAUUGUUAGGCAUGAGUUUGUUUGCAUGAUCUGAUGGAGUGAUUUGUCUAAGGCAGUGGUUCUCAACCUUUGGUACCUUAUGUACCACCUGCCGAUUGACACAGCAAAAGCGAAACCAGAAGUCCCACCGCGAUGCUGCCGGUUUUGCCACUGUGGGCGUCAGCUGGAAUUUCCAGCCUGAGCAGGCAAAGACCCAAAAGCAGCACCCACGUACCCCCUGCCUGUGUCUUUUGUACCCCCAGGGGUAUGCAUACCAUGGGUUGAGAAACACUGGUCUAAGGUCAUACAGGAAUUUGUGUCAGAGGUGUGGAUGGAGUCCAGGUCUCUGGAGACUCACUUUAGGGCUGUUACCACUGUUCCACCCUCCUCCUUGCUCUCAUGCCUAUACCUAAGCAGAGAGUAGUGCCAGGAAAAAAAGCCCCCAGUACUGGAAAAAAUAAAUACGUGGUCCAUAUUC